AUGUAUCGGAAUGCCAGAGGAUUUAUGCCACGUGAUAGGAAUAUAUGUCUGCACUCCUCGUCUGAGCCGAUAGCCGAACGCGAGAGGAUUUCUGUAUGGGUCCGUCUUAAGUGUGGGGUGUCAAGUCGGUGGAAGUCCUUUACCUUGUGUUAUCUGAAGCUGAAGUCGGUGUGUGAUCGGAUAUUCCACAGGCUGUUCAACUGGGAUCGCUUUCCCUAUGUAGGAAGUCGGCCUAGCAUCGACGAAUUGGCGAAAACUUCCGAGACUUGCGGCUGGAAUACUGCCAAAAUACGUUUUAUUACCUGUCAUCCGUCGAGCAUGCAGCGCAUGUUGCUAACCAGCAUGGAUACGGCGUUGAUCUACGAAAAUAUGCUAGAGAAGCCGCUUUGUCUGUCAUCGCCGAAACAGCAGCACUUGAGCUGCGGCGCCUUUCGACCUUGGACAUGGCGGCAGACGGCGGUCGGAGGCGAAGGCGGCAUUUGCCUGUGGAAGUUCUCGAAUGGGGGCUAUAAGACGAUGACCUGGCUGGGCUAUCGCGAGGGCGACAUCAUUGUCGAUCUGCAAUGGCAGCAUACGGGCAUUCUCUUGGUCACCGCCUCGCUGGGCAAUCAACGCAUACAGAUCUGGCAUCCGGAACUGAAGCAAGUGCUGCAGGAGCUGAGUAUGCCCGUGAUGGGCACCAAUUACUGGGCGAUGCGCUAUCCAUCGGAUAUGAUCCAGCUGUUAGAUUUUCUGAGGACACAGUCUAUACUGUUCUCCUAUCGGAACUCUAUGAAAAUGUUGAGCAGUCAACUGGUCGAGCGCUGGCCUCUGCAGACGGCCGUGUGGACUGCGCAAGGCAAUCACUUGCUCUAUGUGAUUAAGGGCUCUAGCAAGGUGUUCGGCUCCACCUCGACCAUGGUGAUCGGACCCCUAAAGCAAGAGUUUCUGAUAUGGAGCAGCAAAGAGGUCAUUGAUCUAGCCAGCUUCUUUUGCAAUUGGCAUGAGUGCAAAGGUGGCCGAGUGCAGUCCAUCUUCAUGGAUCCUCUGAACAUCUAUGUCGCAUUCAUAUUUACGCGGCAGUCCUUCGUACUGCUCUGUCUGUUGCACAUACCCCUCGGCUGCAGCAUCAAGCUGAAGCCCGUGCAGAUCAUAGGCUGCACCGAAGCUCUGUAUGCCUGGCCCAGCUGCUUGGCCUUUGGCAAUGUGAGGCGCAGCGGUGAGAAUGUAAGGCGAAGCCUAAUCAUUGGCUGGUCCACGGGCAAAUUCCAGGUCGUGGAGCUCUACGCCCAGACGAGAGAAGAGGCUCUGCAGCUUGAGGAGCAGGAUGUACAAUUUCCUCAGUCCUUCUACAACAUUGAUUCGCAGUAG